AUGGCUUUGCCAUCACGAGAGUGCCUGGGUGUCAAUUGUGAAGAAGACGCCGACUCUCUCCAGUGUCCUACUUGUAUCAAACUCGGCAUCAAGGAUAGCUUCUUCUGCUCUCAAGAAUGCUUUAAGAAAAGCUGGAGCGAACACAAGGUGCUUCACAAGUCUCAGACAACUGGAAAUUUCAAUCCUUUCCCAGCGUUCAACUAUACUGGUUCACUCCGCCCUGUCUAUCCGCUAUCGUCUAAACGCGUUGUUCCGAAGAGCAUCCCCCAUCCCGAAUGGUCUGAGGAUGGCGUACCUAAAUAUCGAUCGAUGCCAGGACGCCGGAAGAUCGAGAUUCUUGAUGAAAAGGCCCAGGAUGGAAUGCGCAAAGUCUGCCGUCUCGCUCGAGAGGUUCUAGAUGUCGCUGCGGCGGCAUUGCGUCCUGGCAUCACAACAGAUGAAAUAGACCGGAUCGUCCACAAUGCAUGCUUGGAGAGAGAUGCUUAUCCCUCGCCAUUAAACUACAAUCACUUCCCAAAGUCAGUCUGUACGUCCCCGAACGAAGUUAUUUGCCAUGGGAUCCCUGAUCAACGUAUUCUCUUGGAUGGUGACAUUUUAAACAUCGAUGUCACCCUCUAUCAUGAGGGAUUUCAUGGCGAUUUGAACGAAACAUAUUAUGUUGGUAGUAAAGCCAAAGCAGAUCCAGACUCCGUGCGUGUUGUUGAAACAGCCCGCGAAUGUCUAGAAUUAGCCAUUCAAGCGGUGAAGCCCGGUGUUCCUUUCCGAGAAUUCGGCAAUAUUAUUGAGAAGCAUGCGAAGUCAAGAGGCUGCAGUACGAUUCGAACAUACUGCGGCCAUGGCAUUAAUAGGCUCUUCCAUUGCGCGCCAGAUAUCCCCCAUUACGCGAAGAAUAAAACCCCUGGCGAAGCAAAACCUGGCAUGACCUUCACUAUCGAGCCAAUGAUUGCACUGGGCUCAUAUCGUGACGUGACAUGGCCUGACAACUGGACAAGCACGACAAUCGAUGGGAAGAGGACCGCGCAAUUUGAACACACUCUGCUCGUCACGGACACAGGAGUAGAAGAACUCGACACUACAAACGCGGCAGACAUUAUCUCCCAGGCCGUCCAGGCAAAUACUGUGCUCCUACCUCGCCUCGUUGCCAUUUCCAUUUAUUUCUUCGACUCCCUUGUCUUCAAGAUGUCGGGAGAGGCCUGGCUGUACCUCUUUGCGGUAUUGAUCAAUGCCGUCAACCUUUUCCUCCAGGUAUUCUUUACCAUAAUGUAUAGCGAUCUUGAAUGCGACUACAUUAACCCGAUCGACUUGUGCAACCGUCUUAACACAUAUAUAAUUCCCGAGGCUGCCGUCCACGUGUUCCUGACCUUUCUCUUCCUCAUCAAUGGCUACUGGCUGCCUCUCAUCCUUAACCUGCCGUUGCUGGCAUGGAACGCCAAGAAAAUCGUGGAAAAUACCCAUUUGCUAGACGCGACCGAGAUCUUCCGCAAAUUAAAUGUUCACAAAAAGGAGUCGUUCGGAAAGCUUGCGUUUCACCUCGUUAUGUUUUUCUUCUACCUUUACAGCAUGAUUGUUGCGCUCAUCAAAGAUGAAGCAAAUUAA